GAGAGAGAGAGAGAGAGAGAGACAGGAGGAGAGAGAGAGAAAGAGACAGGGGAGAGAGAGAGAGACAGGGAGAGACAGGGAGAGACAGGAGGAGAGAGGGAGAAACAGGGAGAGAGAACGAGAGGGGUCAGUCGUGAUGAGCGGAGGUUGACUCCUGGUGACGCAAAGAGAGACCGAGCAGGGUGAAUGGAGGAGGCAGACAGAAUGGCUGCCCGGUGCCGCAGCUCCAAAUGCACGGUCGAAAGGAACGGAUUCAAGCGGGAACUCGAUACCUGGCGGCACAAACUGAUUAACUGCGUCGGGUUCGAGAGCAUUCUGGAGGGAAUCUAUGGCCCGUUGCUGCUCAGAGACCUCAAUAUUUUUGAUGACUGUGAACCCGAGGAGCUAGAGGACUGGGCAGUGAAAGCCAGUUGUUCCUUCUGCAGCCUGCUGAUCAAUGACCAUGUCCCAGUGGCCGCCUCCCCCUCAGACGACACGCCCUCCCAAGCCCCUUCCCUCUCGGACAGCAGCCUAUCAGCUCACAGGUUCCUCCACGCUGUGUUCCAUAAGAAAGAGCUGGCGUCCAGCGGAGACCCUAACGUCCCUCUGGUGGCCCAGGAACUGAUGAAGAGGAUGGUGAGGCAGUUUGCCAUGGAGUACGCCUCCAAGACACGCCUUACCACCACCACAGGCUCCCCGCGUUCUGACCUCGACUCACCUCUAGACCUCACUGUGACACGGAACCAGGAGGAGGAACCCACACCAGCGGACAGUGUGCUCGACCUCUCCAAGCGGAACUCUGCCAGCUCGGCCUCCACGUCGCCCACCAUUCACAAAGCCUCAGGCUCCCCGUUGCCCCCGGUUACGGAUGAACCCCAGAGGGAAGCAGAGGAUGCUGGGAUGCCCGAUGCUCCAAGUGAGAGGAGCUCUGCUCUGGAGGCGGUGCGCUCCUCUUUAUGCCCCGCCCAUCGCUCUCUGCUCCAGCGAAUCCUGAGGCUCGCCCACCAGCAGCACCGUCUAUCAUUGGCCUACAGGGACGCCCAUCACCGCCUCGUCCCGCCCCCAGACCCUCUCUGCGGCCACCUGGUGGCCAAACAACAGGACGACACUUCCUCUCCUCCUUCCUUCACUGGCUGUUGGAGCCGUAGUGGAGCCACGCGUCCGACUGACUGGAAGACACCAGGUGGUCCAGGCUGUUGCUGCUGGCUGCCUCCUGUCUGUUUCUGCCUCCAGAGCCUCCGCUGCCUGUCCUGCCAGAGCCUGUCCCUGGGACACAUCACCACUGGGGUUCGCACCUCCUCUUCUCUGUGCUCUUUCACGUCCUCCUCUUCUCGUUCAUCCUCCGCUCUGUGCCCUAAUCCCUCAGUCUGUCCCGUGGCCUCUGUCUGUUGCUCCAACCCCCAGCCCUGCGCCUCCUGCUGCUCAGAACACACCUACCUGGCCCCGACCAGACACACAGCCCCGGGAGGAGGAGGAGGAAGCGAGUGCCCUGUCCUCAAGAGAGAGCGAUCCCGCACCCCCUCUCCUCCCCCUCUCUCCCCCAUACCCUCAGACAUGGACGGUAAGGAGGAAGACAAGCCUCCCUCUCUUCUGCAGCAGGAGGGGGAAAAAGAGGAGGAGGCUGGGUGUGGUGGGACGGUGGGUGAGGACAGGGAGCAGCAGGACCUGGUGGAGCGUUUCAGUGACAAACUAAAGACAAUCAGACCCCAGGAGAAGGAUCCUCCACUCAGCUCUGCCUUAGCCAAUCACAACCUAGAGAAGGAUCCCCACCUGACGACCUCGGCCAAUCAGCACAUUGCAGAGUCCCAGGCCGACGCCCACCUGAGUGAGAUCAUCACCACCGUUCUGAACACGGGUGGCGGCAGCGACUACAGCCUAAACGACAUGUUGCAUCACCAUGACAACAACGAGAGCCAUCCACCUCGGACGCGUUCCCGGCGGCGACAGGAGGCCCUGGCUGCCAUGGCGACUUUGCCCGACCAGUCGUCCACCCGGCGCCAGACUUUGCUAAUCAAACGGGAGCUGGCCAGGCUGAACCAAUCGCUGGGCAGGAGGCUGUCGCUAGGGAAGAACAAGAGCCGCAGUGCCACGCCCUUUUCUACAUGCUCCUCACCUGAACCAACCCCCGUUACAGCAGAGAUAGACAGAAUCACAGAGGAGGAGGGCGAGAACGGUAGAGAGAAGGAGGGAGAGACCGGGAGAGUGAAGGAGGGAGAGACCGGUAGAGUGAAGGAGGGAGAGACCGGUAGAGUGAAGGAGGGAGAGACCAGUAGAGUGAAGGAGGGAGAGACCGGUAGAGUGAAGGAGGGAGAGACCGGUAGAGUGAAGGAGGGAGAGACCAGUAGAGUGAAGGAGGGAGAGACCGGUAGAGUGAAGGAGGGAGAGACCGGUAGAGUGAAGGAGGGAGAAACCGGUAGAGUGAAGGAGCGCGAGACCGGUAGAGUGAAGGAGGGCGAGACCGGUAGAGUGAAGGAGGGCGAGACCGGUAGAGUGAAAGAGGGAGAAACCGGUAGAGUGAAGGAGGGCGAGACCGGUAGAGUGAAGGAGGGCGCAACGGAGAAGGUGACAGCAGAGGAGGCAGUUCCAGUGAGAGUCACGAAGGAUAGAGUCGGCAUGAAGGAGGAGAUGGAGAAGCUCCCAGUCCUCUCCUCUACACAACAGAGUCCCCCGCAGGAGGACCAACACAAACCAGAGAGCUGGAACAUCACCUGUCAGGACAGCAGUAGGAGUGACCUCCCUAAGAAGAGGAGAGAGGAGGAGUCACCAGGUAGUACCAGCAGUGGUCUUCCUGAGAAGAGUAGAGAGGAAGAGGAGGAGUCACCAGGUAGUACCAGCAGCGCCUGUGACCAUGGCAGUGGUCUUCCUGAGAGGAGUAGAGAGGAAGAGGAGGAGUCACCAGGUAGUACCAGCAGUGGUCUUCCUGAGAGGAGUAGAGAGGAAGAGGAGGAGUCACCAGGUAGUACCAGCAGCACCUGUGACCAUGGCAGUGGUCUUCCUGAGAGGAGUAGAGAGGAAGAGGAGGAGUCACCAGGUAGUACCAGCAGUGGUCUUCCUGAGAGGAGUAGAGAGGAAGAGGAGGAGUCACCAGGUAGUACCAGCAGUGGUCUUCCUGAGAGGAGUAGAGAGGAAGAGGAGGAGUCACCAGGUCGUACCAGCAGUGGUCUUCCUGAGAGGAGUAGAGAGGAAGAGGAGGAGACAGCAGGCAGCAGCAAGGACAGUAGCAGAGUGUCAGCCAGGAAUAGCCCUUCCCACCCCUGCAGAACCAGGAGAGGCAGCAGGUCCCAGCCAGGCUGCAGCAGCCAGGUGGUGGUGGGGAGGAGCAGCCAGGCUGGGAGGUCCAGGAGGAGCAUCGUCCCUCCCCAGCGGUUCUCCUCCUACGUCACAGAGCCCAGGAUGAUGUAUUCUGCUGCCUGUUUCUCAGAGAGGAUCUUCUCCGCCCAGAGGACGCCAAAGGAUCGGCAACCACUCAAUGCCCCCAACACCAAUCGCGCAGACUCCCCGUCCUCGGCCACAGACACAGCUGAGGGGUUGGGCGAAGCAAGAGAAGAGGAAUUACCGCUGGCAUCCAGUCCUGAGGAUGUCAGUCUGGAGAGGAGUGGAGGCAGAGGCUGUAGAUCAACAGCAAGAGGUCAGAGUUCAGACCGUGAGUCACAGAGACGAGGUCAGGUGAUUCCCGUCACUGCAGCUUCCUCUGAGCAGCAGAGUCCCCCUAAACACCGCUCCCCGAACAGGGCGAACGUUAGGCUCAGAGCAGCCAAACCUUUUGGGCGCUUACGCUCCUCCCACUCCGGCCAACAGUCCCAACCAGCGAGCCCUCAGACAGCCUCCAGGCCAGAGGUCCCCACUGGUCAGCCUCAGUACAUCAGCCCCAUCAAGCUGAUGUUUGUGUCUGCAGUAGUGGGUGAGGAGGGGGUGAGGUACACCCUGAAGGCGGCUGCACCAGGAUCCAGCUGGCAUGGACAGGAGACCUUUGACCCCUGUGAGGAGUCAUCGUGGGCUGGAAGUCCAGAGAAGACCCCAGAGAAGACUAGGAGUCCACCGAAGACCAGGAGUCCCCUCCAGACCAGUAGUCCACCGAAGACCAGGAGUCCACCGAAGACCAGGAGUCCACCCCAGACCAGGAGUCCCCUCCAGACCAGGAGUCCACCCAAGAACACCAUAUCAUCAUCACCAAAGCUGUGUGGAACAAUGAGAGGAGGAGAGGGGGGUAGCCCGCCAAAACGCUCUCCCGGGUCCCAGAACGGAGACGGCUCGCCUCCUUUUCGUGAAACCACCCCCACAAAAAGACGUCCGGGACGUCCCAAGAAACUGGGCCCCCAGCUGGAGAAGAGGGCCAAGAGGCCGAUCGGCCGCCCGCCCAAGCAAAGGGGUGUAGAGCCGAGCUGUGGCUCCAGGCAGGGUGGUCAGGACCUGUCCAGUGGAGUUCCCUUAGGCUGCAGCACCGGGGAGGAGGGCAACGAGGAGAGAGACCCAGCCAACAGGAACCUGAAGAUCACCGUGGUGUACGGACGCUCCCACAGAACCAAGAGGACAGUGUCGGAGGAGGCUGCUUGUCUCCAGGCUACAGAGCAGCUGAUGGAUCUGAACUUCGUCAGACCGGUGAAGGAGAAGAGGUUCGCUCCCCACGCCAGCAACAGCAGCAACAUUAUCAAGUGCCAGAAGCUGCAGUGUACCGCGGCCAUGCGUCGUCCAGGGAGACCCGCCAAGGUCAAGAUCUCCGGAAUCUCCGUUACCGUCACCACCACGUCACCGGGGAAACGCAAGAUCCACAUGAACCGGGACACAGCCAGGAAAUCUCCGGAGAAGCUCUGUCAGCGGAAAGCCCUCCUUCCUGAACCCCAGCCUUCCAAAGAGCUCAGGAAAAUCAGCAGCAAGCCCACUAGCGAGGACGCCACUCGGAUGCAGAUAGAAAGAACGACAGAGUCCAAGGAUGGAGCGAGGGAGCGACAGACCCAGACUCCUCCUGUGUUGGCGGUGCGUCACUCUGUGAGGGUGAGGAAGCCUUCAGUGUACCUGCUUCACUCUGUAGCCACCUCCACCUCUAGGUCCCUGAGCCACAGUACCGCCCUGCUGCGCCGAUCCAGACAGCUACUGAUCAACAGGGCCAGCAGCAAGGGCAGCCAUCGCAAGAGGAAGGAGGGAGGAGAGGACUCCCCAGGGCAGGAGGAGCUGCUGUCCGGGAGGGAGGAGAGGAGGAGCGAGGGAAGAGGAGGGGUGUUGUGUGAGGACCUGAGCCAGGUAGCGGGGGUUUCAGUAGACUCCAUUUUCCCGGCCAGCUCCAGCGAGGCGUUGAGGUGGUGGCCCGUCUCCUCCGACCAGGACAGCCUGAACCAAGAGCUGGCUCGCAGGAUCCGCCUCAUAUCCCAAAGCUGGGUCGCUGCCGAUACCACCCACACCACCAGGACGGCGACGAUCAUGUCCGCCAAGCAGCGACUCGACGACGACUCUUUGUCCUCCUGGAAGCCAGAGGUUGGGUCGGCAGUGCGGCUGCUGUUUGACCGGCGCUGCAGCGUGGAGAGGCUGGCCUCCUGGUUCAUGCAGACCACUGAGACUCAGUCUCUGGGCAUUGUGAAGAAGACCAGCUCCCGAAACCCCUAUGAGCUCCUGCACUACCCCGGAACGCCAGCAGGGAGAGCGUCUUUCCCAGCCCGCAGACCAUGCGACUACGCAAACACAUCAAGAAGUUUGCCAAAGCUGUGCCGAAGAGCCCCGCCCAGCUCCGUCUGGCCCAGGAGCGGCUCCGACGUGGAAGAGAGCUGAACGCCAGGCGGCGUCUGUUCACUGCGAGGCCGGCGUCUGGCGGGCUGCGUCUCAGAGCUCCUUGGAGGAAGGUCAGGGCCCUCGGGACGU